AUGGACUCAAGCUCCGAGAGCAGUCAUGGACAUAUCGGAGAAAAGCUGUGCACAAUUGCUGAAGAAAGCCUCGAGUCGGCUAGGGAUUUCGUUCGACAGGAAAAGCAGAACACAGAAACGAUGAUUUGCCCGAAGAAAUCGGCCACUUUCGGCAAUGCCACCGAUCUCAAGAGAAAUACGGGCUAUCAUUUGUAUCGCUCAAAAUCCGGGAAAAACUCCAAGUCCGACUAUCAGAUUCGUAUGCAGAAUGUGCCUCGGAAAAGGAGCUUGUUAGUUGAG